AUGAUGCCCCCGCGGGGGGCGGUGGGCUCCUGCCGCCGGCGGCGCCUGGCGCCCCUCAACGAGGACAACGGGCGGUUCCUGCUGCUGGCCGCCCUCAUCGCGGCGUACCUGAGCGCCGGCGCCACCGUCUUCUCGGCCCUCGAGAGCCCGUCGGAGGCGGCGGCGCAGCUCCGCUGGAACCGGACCCUGCACAACUUCAGCCGCAUCUUCAACAUCAGCCUGCCGGAGCUGCGCGCCUUCCUGCGGAGCUACGAGGCGGCCAUGGCCGCGGGCAUCCGCGUCGACGCCCUGCGGCCCCGCUGGGACUUCCCCGGCGCCUUCUACUUCGUGGGCACCGUGGUCUCCACCAUAGGUUUUGGAAUGACCACACCAGCAACCGUGGCUGGAAAAGUGUUCCUCAUCGUUUAUGGCCUUUUUGGCUGUGCCGGGACCAUCCUCUUCUUCAACCUCUUCCUGGAGCGCAUCAUCUCGCUGCUGGCGUUCAUCAUGAAGGCGUGCUACGAGAGGCAGCUGCGAAGGAGCGGUCUCCUACCUCCCAACUUCCGAAAGGGGCCGGCCGUGUCCGGGGUGGGCAGCCUCGUGGGCUGGAAGCCGUCCGUUUACCACGUCAUGCUGAUCCUGGGAAUCUUUGCUAUCGCCCUUUCCUGCUGCGCCUCGGCCAUGUACACGGCAGUGGAAGGGUGGAACUACGUUGACUCCUUGUAUUACUGCUUUGUCACCUUCAGCACCAUCGGCUUUGGAGAUUUGGUAAGCAACCAAAACGCUGUGUACCAGCAUCAGGGAUUAUACAGAUUCGGGAACUUCAUGUUUAUAUUAAUGGGAGUAUGUUGCAUAUACUCCCUUUUUAAUGUCAUCUCCAUCGUAAUCAAACAGAUUUUGAACUGGGUGUUGAAAAAAUUCGAAUGCAGAUGUUGCCCAAAGUGCCAUAAAUCCAGUACCCGCCUCAGCCGCCGCAACGCCAUCACGCCGGGGGCCCGCCUGCGCCGGCACAACGUGGCCAGGGACGCUGACGGGCAGUACGACAGUGACACCGAGGGCAGGAGGCUCUCUGGGGAGAUGAUCUCCAUGAGGGAGCUCACGGCCUCCAGCAAGGUCUCCCUGGCCAUCCUGCAGAAGCAGCUGUCCGAGACGGCCAACGGGUACCCGAGGAAUGUGUGCAUCAACACGAGACAGAACGGGUUCUCGGCGGGGGUGGGGGCUCUGGCCAUCAUGAACAACCGCUUGGCAGAAACCAGUGAUUCUAGGUAGAGCUUUUGGAAUUCUGUUUGUUUCUUAAAUGAAAAUGAAAUGGUGGUUAGGGUGGAGUUGCCACUGCAAGCUACUGGAAGGAUUUACAUUUCAGAGACAGCCUUGGUAUUCAUUGGGCAUUCAGCAUUUUACUUUUGGGGGUUUUAUAAGUUUUCUCUAAUAUGCAGUGAGAUCUUUACCAUUAUGUUACAGUUUUCCCCUGAGGGGGUUUUUAAUGAGACUUGGAUGUCUUUGAUGCAGAAUCUGGUGCAAUUACAGAAGGAUGGUGUGCAUGGCUAGGAUGGUGUCAAAACCAACAUGUUCUUCUUCAGAACAGCACCUGAACCCAAACUCUGUGUUAAAAGGCAUAAAGCGGGCAAGUUGCACUCCAGAUUCAAACAUGGGGUUGGUAAGUUUUGGCUAACCAGUAUCUCCGAGUUUGCUGAAGUCUGGAUCUGGUCCUGAGCCUUGUACUCAGUGCUCUUCAGCAAUUCCUCAUAGCAGGCCUCUGUAUGACAUACACAUACACAUACACAUAGGUGGCUGUUGUCACACCAGCUUUAGGGUGGCUGUGCUUCACCUCAAUAAUCUCACUGACUUCAGUGGCAGAGGAUGGAAUGGGCUGAGCUCCCCUCCUACAAAUGAUGGGGUUUAGCCAGGCUUGUCUGAAAGACCACCUGCCACCUAACUCUUUAAAGCCAGGGGAUUAUCAAGGACCAUGUUAAAGUGUGCAGAACUGUUCCUACCUGCUGAAUAACAGAAAACAGGCAGUUGUCAUCUUCAGAACUGACUUUGUUUAAUGCCAGAGAAGCCAGUAUGCACCUCUGGUGUCAAACAUUUGCAUCACCUCAAAAAUGCUUACUUCCUUACUUUCUCAUUUAAAUAAGUCACUAAAAUGAAUGUAGGCUCAUUGCUGUCCUAAAUUUGCAUCUUCUGCAGUGUUGUUGCAGAGAUUCAUGCAAAUCAUCUCCUUGCAGUUCUCUGAGGGCCCCAACCCUGUACUCGUUUCCCAGAAAUCUGACUGUGCAGGUUGUACAGAAGAAGGGCAUUGCUUUGGAGUUCCCCCUGAAGCUGGCUUCCCCCAAAAUGUUGAUACCAAGUCAUAAAUUGGCCUUUGGCUGUUGCUGCUGCCAUCUUAAACCAUAUUAAACCUGUGCUAGCCCAAAUCUCUGAAGAGCCAAAAGCAAACCUCGUCUAGAGUGUGUAGUUUAGCAUGACAAGUGGGUGCAGAGAAUUUGCUGCAAACCUCUUUCAAAAAUGCAUGCACAGCUCUGGAUCAUUUCUCCAAAUUCUCUCUACUACACUGUGAAGAUAAUAAAAAGGCUUCUGCUGAUUCCAAGCAAGAAAUAAAACUUAAGCUUAUAUUCUGAGAAGCCUUCUCUUGGAAACUUAAUGGAAAAUUGUAGGCAAGACCAUGACUAGUAGGCUGGUCACUGAAUAAAUUGAACAAGCUGAUGAACAAAAACUAGGAGUAUUAGAAAUGUUUGAAAAUAUUUCCAUGAAGUUUUAUAUAGAUAUUUUACUCUAUUUACUUUUGUUUGGAGUUUGGAGUAGCCAUAAUUUUUGCUUUCUUUUAAAUUUUUAGCAGUGAAAAAUGUUUUGGAAUUUACCCUUGGAAAACGAACUUUAAAUUUGUGGUUUAUGCGCACCUGAGCCUGCCAGCUGAAUUAUGGCGGUGAAUGUAUCUUUUCUCCUGAUGAAAAGAAAUCAGAGCUGCAGAUAAACCAUCACACAUGGGUCUGUAUCACACUGUAAAUGUCACAGCUUUUAUCAAGAUGUGUUUGGCCAGAAACAAGCAGUGAUGAUUUUAAUGUGUUUCCAGCUGGCGCAGACUCACACUUAAGGUUCUGUGGUAUGGUAGGGGCUGCACUCAAGAGGCAGGAGCUUUCUUGGUGGCAGAGAGACUCCUCAAGGUCCAUCUGUCUGAGUGCCUUCCUGUCUGUGCACUCCUCCUCUUUGAGGAAGCAGGAAGAAGUGCUUGGUGCUCCUUUUGAAGGCCACUGAAGGAUAAAUUUAGGCAGGAUGCACAGGGACAGGUCACAGUCUGGAAACAGCUCUGACUGCUGGAAGACCCAGUUCAGGCUGAUGCCUUCCAGAGAUGCAAGGGAAAAGCACAGGCAGGGAACCAAAAGAAUGAAAAUUUGUUAUUUCCCCUUGGGAUUACCCCCACGGGUAAAUCUCUUACUGUGAUUAUUUAUGUGUUUGUUUGUUAAAAAUGUGAAUGGGACCCUUCUCUUUUUUUGCAGCCCAACCUCUCUUAGGGUCGUAUCUUGGUGCAUUUUUCAUCAUGGGCACUAUUGCUCAUUAGAACUAUUACAUAAAUCAGGGCAGACAGGCUCUGUCCCAAAGGAUUUAGGAAUUUGAACUGAUAGGGCCCCAAGCCACAGCAGAAUUACUUGUUUAUUAUUUUGCUCAUAAAAGCAUGCUCAAAUCUAUCAACAUUCUGUAAGCUCAAGAACUCUUAUUUUUAUGGUAACAAAUUUGCAAAUUAGGGGUUUUUUUCAGUGAGUUGUUUCAAAGGAUAAAUAUUAUAUCCAUGAUUAAAAUCCUUUUUAAAGUGUAAAUUUGUGAAUUGUUUUCAAACUACUUUUUCCAGGCUGGCAAAUACAGUGAAGUAAUACGAAAUUGUACAUACUGCCUCUGUACUUUUUCUGAGUCCAGGCAAAGGCAGACACACAGUCUGCUGUAACAUGAUCGAAUGUUUCCAAGUCUUUCUGGUGCCAUCAGUCACAAGGGUGCCUUUGCAGGACCCUUUGCAGUUCCUAUUAACUCCAGAGGAAGCUGGACCAGCUCCUAGAGCUGGGCAUCUCAAGGAAUUUGGGCAUCAGAUUGCUGCUCUGUUCACUUAGAUCUAAUGUUUACUUACACCCAAGGUCCUUGAUAAUCUCCAUUCUGCUUCUCUCUAGCCUCAGAGGAAGUGCAUGCCCAGUUAUUUACAGUGGCCCUGUUGCUUGCAGGUCUCAAAUCCCUAGAUGCUGACAUAAGUCAACCACAGGGACCACCAGGUUGUAUCCAAGUCCUAUAAGAAUCCCCAAACCCAUCUGGCUCAGCAAAGCUCAGUUUAUAGGAGGGUCAGAGCACAGUUAUUGACCUGGGUCUCACUGGGAAGCAUCUGCUGAAGGGUGGCCUUACAGUUCCCUCAUAUUCAGUAGGAGAAAUAUUUUCCAAGGAUGCAUGGAAACCAAGCUCCAAAUCUCUGCUCUUCAGCCUGCCAGCCCUACCUGGGCACCCAUCACCCCUGUGCAUGAGGACAUGAGCCAAGAGGCCACAGGAGGUUUGAGAUCAGUCUUUCCUAGUCAAUUGUGCUCUUCCUUUAGCCUUUUUUUUUUUUUAAUGACAACUCCUCUUUGAACUUUCCAGGCUUGGGCACCUAACUCCUCUUUCAUUGUGGAUUCCCCAGGGCAGCCUGCUGCAUUGGUGAAUUACCCCCUAAACCUGCACCAGUUGCACCAAGUGCAAUUCCUCCUGGUGUUUCAUUUUCACAGACAAAGCAGAUACCAGCAAUACCCGGACACAGACUGAAGCACAAGAAAUCAGAAGGAAACAAGAAAACAGAGUGGGAAAGUGAAAGCACACUGCACUAGAUUGCACUUUCUUUUCAGGUAACUUGGGAGCUGUAUUACAUUCUUGAAAUGGGUUGGGGUUUUUUUUCUUCAAAUUUAAUUAUAGGUAAACUCAAAAGAAUACAGUUGAAUUAGAUUUUAAAAGUUCAUCUUUCCUGGUACAUCCCCCUCUGCACCACGCUGUAGAACUGCAGUAGUAACUCUUCACUGACACAGACCAAGACAUCCCAGCUGCCUGCUGAGCCCACAGGCAGCACAAGCCUGAGCUCAGAUCCUGUCCCCAGAUUGGUCUUCUGCUACCUGAGCCCAGGGAAGAGCACUCAGGAGCAGCAGAAGGCUGCAGGAAUUAGGACUUCUCUGUGGGCUGGCCCUAGUGAGAGCAGCAAUGGUGUGAGCUGCUUGGACAAAGGAGAUCCCAUGUUCACCUGGCACCUGCACUAACACCUUGCAGAUGAAAUUAAAACUUAGGUGCCAAUUGAUGGGCAACAAUGACCAAAUUCAAGUGACAUCUUCUCUUAACCCCAGAGGUCAGCACAGAGCAGCCACAAGGAAUAAUUUCUUGUGAAACCUGUAGCAUUUAGCAAGUCACUCCAUUGACCUCUCACGGUCUGUCUUCCCUGUGUGUGUCUUGGACAAAGUUUGGAGUCACACCAAGAUGUCAUCUGGUUCUCACUGGUUUCUUCCCAUCUGCAAACACUGUUCUCAUUUUGAAAAAAUUCAAGUGGCUCUUUAUUUCCUUGCAGUGCAGAGGAUGUCCUCCAGAGCAUGUAGAUGUUCAGAGAAAUCCCAGCCACAGAGGGCAGUGUCUGAGGACAGGGCUGUGCUUUGCCUCCCUGCAGAAGCAGCAGUGCACAGCAAUGCAUCCAAAGGCUCUUUAGGCAGUUCAGCUCUGAUUGCAGCCAGAAUUACUGGUGGAAGAGAGGAAUCCCACUUGAGCUCUCUGGGAGUGCCCUGUGCCAUGCUCUGUUACCCAGAAAUGCCCCUGUUGGUGUAGUGCUGCUGUCUCAGCACGGCUUCAGCCCUGGCCCUCAGUCUUUUCUCCUCCCCAGCUUUCUGUGGGUGAAAAUUUGAGUAUACUGUGACCAUUUACCCAUAUUUCAGUCAUGCCUUGCUGCUGAAAGACUUUAGCAGCACUGGAGGUCAUAUAGCCAGGCAUGUGGGCUCAGUAUAAACCUAAUUGAGAGUGUGGGAUGAAUUUAUGACUAUAUGGAAAUUAGCUGUAGCAAUGAGACCAUUCUCACAUUUUAGUAUUUUUCUAGCCUUUAACUUGAAAAAUAUUCAGUGGCAAAUCAUUGCAGUGAAUGUUCAGAGCUAAUUUCAACAAAAUCAUACUUUGCUGAUUGCUAGCCUAGCAAAUCUGUGGGUAUGGCUGCUGCUCUAAUUGGAUUACUAAUGUGCCUUUGCAAACCAACACACGUCUGCAGUGUUACAUUUAAAUAAUACAAUAAGUGCUGUGUUACAUAAUAAAUUCAAUUAGGAAAAAUUACUACUUGACUCACACAGAAUAAAUAAUGAAGGGUGCAUUGCACAUUGUACAACCAGUAUGCAAUUUUUGAUCUUUUUUUUUUUUGUUGUUGUUGUUGUGAAUAUGUCCAUAUUUGAGCUCAAAUUAUGCUUUCAUGAAUGCUAGGAAAAGAGAAGCACUACAUUGUGGAAAAUAAAGGAAUAAAGGAAAGUAUGGACAAUUCCACUGAGUUUUGACACAAAGGCUAUUCAUGUUAGCACAUACACAGUAAGUGGUUUGUUAUGCAUUAUAAAUGCAUUGUGUAGCAAUGGCACUGAGGAAAGGAAACUACUUCAGUUUACAUGGCCACAGUCUGAAUGCAGCUACCAAUAAACACAUAUACCUUUUUUCUUUCUCUCUUUAUCUGCUAAAUGAGUAACAUCCACCCUUUAAUUAAAUUAUCUCUUUAAACCCUCAAAAAGAAAAUGCAGUUGCCCUACAUUUUGCAUAGGCAAAAUGAGGUCUAAGAUCAAAUCCAAACUUUCAACUCUAAGGAUCCAGAGUGGUGUAGUUCAGCUUUGAAGUGGGGCUGCAGAUAUGCAGCCUUCAAAUGUAUUGUGUUUCAUCCUUCCGUGGAAAAAAAAAAGAGAG